GCAAGAAGAGUACGAACAUCGCUUAAUCGCUCCCGAGAGCUUGAGCAAUAUGGUUCGUUGGAUACGCGUCGGGAGACUUUAAUUAUUACGUAUACGCACAUAUGCCCAUAUCAAUUUCGCAAAGGAAAAACCAAUAGUGUCAACGCCUUAAACCAGUUCAAUAGCAAGGUGAACUAUUGUAAGCCGAUCCAAGCUUAAAGAGAACCCCAGAGAAGCUCAGCUCGGACUCAUCACUACAAAAGUACAAAAAAAAAAACACAAAAUAAUAAUAUCGCGAUUGCGCUCAGCGGAAGCGGCACGUGAUAAAAAUUUUAAAUAAGUUUUGCAAAACUGUCGCGAAUAAAAUCAAGUUUUAAGUUUGAUAUUCUUAGCGACAAUGAUGAAGUGCCUGCAGCUAAGUUUUGUGCUUCUGCUCAGCUUCAGUUGGCAGCUUGUGCUGUCCAAAAGCUAUUCCAACGAACACAUUGAUCUGCUUGACUUGAGCGACAACGAUGAGUUUCAGUGGGGCGCUGACGAGAACAAGUUGUAUAGCCAAGCUAAUGACAAUAAUGAUAGUAAUAUAGAUGGAAUAUCCAAUUUUCUGUCACGUCAUCGACUCAACAAACGUCAAGCUCCGUCUGACAGCCCUUUGUUGGAGAACAAGGAUUAUGGUGCCUGUCGUACGCCACUUGGCGAUGUGGGACGCUGUCGCCACAUCAUCUACUGUCGCAUGCCUGAGUUGAAGAACGAUGUGUGGCGUCUGGUCUCGCAGUUGUGCAUCAUUGAGAAAAGCGCCAUUGGCAUUUGUUGCACGGAUCAAGCGACCAAUUCUCGCUUCAGUCCACAGAUUGUAAGCGGAAGCGAUGCAGAGACUCCACGUAUCAUUAAUCGGCAGCCGGAGCAAAGAGGUUGCGGCAUAACGACUCGUCAAUUCCCUCGCAUCACUGGCGGUCGUCCAGCGGAGGCCGAUGAGUGGCCCUGGAUGGCAGCAUUGCUACGCGAGGGUUUCUCUUUUGUCUGGUGCGGCGGAGUGCUCAUCACAGAUCGUCAUGUCUUAACUGCUGCUCAUUGUCUGGAGAACAUCAAAAAGGAUCAGUUAUUCGUACGCCUGGGAGAAUACAACACGCAUCAAUUGAAUGAGACGCGUGCGCGUGAUUUUCGCAUUGCCAGCAUGGUGCUCCAUGUGGACUACGAUACACACAACUAUAUGAACGACAUUGCCAUGAUACGCAUCGAGCGACCCACGUUGUUUAAUACCUACAUUUGGCCAGUGUGCAUGCCGCCUUUAAAUGAGGAUUGGUCGGGACGCAAUGCCAUUGUCAUGGGCUGGGGCACGCAAAAGUUUAAUGGCGCCCAUUCCAAAGUGCUCAUGGAGGCAAAUUUACCGGUGUGGAAGCAAUCGGAUUGUCAGGCUGCCAUGGUGGAGCACAUACCGUCCACAGUCAUCUGCGCAGGUCUGCCAGAGGGUGGACAGGACAGUUGCCAAGGCGAUAGCGGUGGUCCGUUGGUGGUGCAGUUGCCCAACAUGCGUUGGGUCACCAUUGGUAUUGUCUCCUGGGGCUUGGGCUGCGCUCAAGCAGGUCGUCCUGGUGUCUAUACACGCGUCGAUCGCUAUCUGGACUGGAUCAUCUCCAAUGCAGACAUUUAACAUAAACAAAUUAUUGACAUUUACAUUCAAUUUACUCUCGGCAUUAACACAACAAAUGCUUUGUUCUAAAUACAUAUUCCUAGACAUAUACAUAUA